AUGCCUUCUCUUUCGAGCCAUGAGAAGGAGCUGCGGUUUGCGCUGCUUUCCAUGUUUCCAUCCGCCGGGCUGAAGGAGGUGAGUGAAGCUGCACGUAGCGGCCACUUCGAUGUCGCCGUGGAGAUUUUGCGUGCUGCAGAACGGGCGGAGCCGGUCGACCAUCCGCCGGUGUCGGUGUCAGCGGAGCCGGUCGAGCCGGCGUCUGCGGAGCCGGUCGAGCCGGUGACCCAAAAAAGUCAGGAUGCUCCAGAAGAGGGGCCCAUUCGGAAGUUUGACCCUGCCAGAGUUGGCACUGGGAACUUGGGCUUGGAAUCUGAUGUGGGUAUAUCUCCUGAAGUCCUGACAGAAGCCCUCGCUGCAGCAGCGUCAGAAGAAGCAGAAGGAUCCCAGAAGCAGAGUCAGCAGAGCAAACAUCCUGGGGCACGAGGAGGAUAUAACACACAGGAUGGUUGGGAAAUUCGGUGUCAUGUUGAUUAUUCUCGGACUUGCCAAUCUUUGAGAACGCUUCGUUCGCCCCAAUCAAAGAUUGAAGAAGCAGCCAAAAUUAUCCUUCAACACGUGGGUACAGACAACACAGCAGCGUUCGCUGCCGCUUGUUUCGAGAGAAUGGUGCAGAGGGAGCAGGAGAUGGAUGAUGACUUUUGUGUUUUCUACCAUCACUACAACGAUGCUGCCUUGCUCUAUGAGGUGCAAGCGGAGAUAGCCCGAUAUGCCUUCGACUUGCCCGACACCUUUGCACCGCUACCGCGUGUUUUGCUGGGUCACUUUACAAAUGCCACUCUGGAGAAACUUAAGCUUUCCUAUGCAGCUAUCAAGGGUCAGGAUCAUGAUCCAUGGUUUCGAUCCUUAGCAAUCUCUGCCUCUCCCACCCUCUUUGCAUUUGGCUCUGAAGCCCCACCUCUACGUUGCUUUCGACAAGGCUAUGGGUGCGGUGUCUCGUUCCGCGAGUUGAUCACUAAUCUCCUCAAAGAUGUGUGCUGGAUCCAGGGUGCAAAGGCUCAAGAUGUGGUACAUGAGUUGAGCAUGAUUGGGGCACAAUUUGGCCUUCAAGUGGGUGGCUACAGCCACAAAGCCUGCCCUGCGCUCAAGAGCCUGGGUGGGCACAUGCUCCAGAUCUUCAUCUCCAAGAAGGUCGUAAAGAACUAUGUCUACCACAGCAGGCCUUUUGGAAUUCCCAUCGAAACUGAACUAGAUCUUUGGCUUGCGAAUCCUGAAGCCGUGGGCCAAAAGCUGGAUGGCCAGGUGCGAAUCCUUUUUGACCCGGAACUCUUCCUUUCCGGCAACGGUCACCUGUUUCAUUACUGCGGAGAUUGGCAGUUUCUGGGCGGCAAUGAAGAGAUGAAGGACUCUCGUGCAGCCUGCGUGGCAAAGAUCAGACGUGUUCUGGAACCGAUAUUGAGAACGGUUCCCGUCCAAGAGAUCCAGAGGCGGCUGCGCAAUCCCGGCCAGGCAAAGUCAAAGAAGUAA